AUGUCGUCGGAUACAUGGCACCAGAAAAUAGGACGUGCGAGAAUGUUAUUACGUAAAGAUAAAGAAGAUGAUGCGUUAAAAAUAUUAACGGAAAUAAUAGACGCCAUGUCCAACAAUCUUGCAGGUCUUAAGGAUGAAGAAAAGACAGAUUUUAUAAUAAUGGCAUGUAUUGAGCGCAUCGACAUAUAUUUUAACAAGAAAAUGUACGAAGAGGUGUUAAGCGACUUUAAUAUUUUGGAAAACAAUCAGUACGACAUUUAUCGUCAUCCCGAUUUCUGUCUAAAAAAGAUGGAAUCAAUGGAGAAAAUAACUCGAGCUAAUUUAGACAUGGCAUUCAAGAAAAUGAAAGUAAUUUGUAAGUGAUUUCAACACCGAUCGCAGGGAUGGGCGAGUCCGAGUCAAAACUCGGACUUGAGUCGCAUUUUUUUGAUGACUCUGACUUGACUCGGACUCGAAGAUUGGGGGACGUUGACUCGACUGUUUGACUCGAGUCUUUCACUCAAAAAAAGUUUUCCUUUACUCUCACAAAAAAAAUACAAAUUUAUAAAAUUAAAUUAUCAUUUAUCUCAUAACUUUCGUUCUAAUUGAAUAUAUUGCAUAAAAAUAAUUUUUCAAGAGCUUUUUCCUACCUAUGUAUUCAUAUGGUCGUUAAUAAUAGUCCUGCUAAAUAGAAUCAUACGUGCUUCUGC